GGGAGGCGGCGCGGCGCCGCCAGCGGUUCCCCGGGCUCCCGCUCUCCCGGCCGCCAAGAACGAGCCGCCGUGGGCGUGGCCUGCGGUGAUUGGCGGGCGGGCGGGGAGGUCGGAAGUACUUUGUUUUUUAUGCUAAUGAGGGAGUGGGGCUUGUCCGUAUUUACGUUGAGGCGGGAGCCGCCGCCCUUCAUUCACCCACAUGGUCCUUCGAGGUGCCGCCGCCGCCGCCCGGCCUGCGCCUUCGCGCCACUUCGCGCCCCGCGGCGAGGCCGGAGGGGUGGGGACGGUCCCCACGCCGCCCGCGCCCCUCCACGGAGCCCCGAGCGCGGCCCGGGCCGGCCACGCCGCACCACCCCCCUCCUCCUCCACCACCGGCCUGGGGCCUCGGGAGGGCCGGAGUGGCGCGGGGGCUGGCGAAGAUGGUGGCGGCUGCUCCGUCAUACACGUGGACCCAGCAGCACCGAAGCUCUGCCCCAGGAUACUUGCUGAGAAGGAAGUUUGCCUGAGUGGUGUCUGCCAAUGUGGAAGACAAAAGAAAAGGAGUUGCUGCCUUGUGGACCUGGAGCUUUCCUCUAAAAGGUACUAACAAGUCAGACAGCCCUGCUGAUACUGUGUCUCAUUUGUGGAUGGUAUGAUUUUUGUGUGUGUCCCUUAAAGUGUGGACUUGGAGGAGGCCUAGUGUAAGGAAGAGCCAACAUUCCAAUAGGGGUGGUUAGAACUUUGAAGAAUGCUACUUAAGGCUUAAAUGUGUACAAUUUGGAACUUGUUGCUUUUAGAUGAUUUUUCUCUUGUUGGGUUUGAGCUGAAAUGUAUGUUUGUCACAGAUGUUAGCGCUUUGGGCUGUUAUUCUAAUUAUUUAUUUCAAAUUUAGCAGGAGUAAAGAGAACCUGACCUUGUGAACCUGAAGACUGACCAGUCAGAAUAAUGUCAAAGUGCUUACAGUGCAGGUAGUGAUAUGUGCAUCUACUGCAGUGAAGGCACUUGUAGCAUUAUGGUGACAGCUGCCUCGGAGCCAAGGGGGCGGAGUCUGGUGAGGGCUGCUGGUGCUGAGUGCUUUUUGUUCUAAGGUGCAUCUAGUGCAGAUAGUGACGUAGACUGGCAUCUACUGCCCUAAGUGCUCCUUCUGGCAUAAGAAGUUAUGGCCUCACCUAUCGAGUCAAGCAAGCGAGUAGGGGUCUUCAUAGUUUGUGUUUGCAGCCCUCUGUUAGUUUUGCAUAGUUGCACUACAAGAAGAAUGUAGUUGUGCAAAUCUAUGCAAAACUGAUGGUGGCCUGCUAUUUACUUCAAGUGUUGUGUUUUUUUCUCUUUUUAAACUAAUUCUGUACUUUUAUUGUGUCGAUGUAGAAUCUGCGUGCUGUGUUUGAUGUGACAGCUUCCGUAGCACUAAAGUGCUUAUAGUGCAGGUAGUGUCUAGUUAUCUACUGCAUUACGAGCACUUACAGUACUGCCAGCUGUAGAGCUCCAGCCUCGGCCUUCACCCAGUCCCACUGUCGUACUGAGCACUGGUCUAUGGUUAGUUUUGCAGGUUUGCAUCCAGCUGUAUAAUACUCCGCUGUGCAAAUCCAUGCAAAACUGACUGUGGUGGUGACAAGUCUGUAGAGAAGGAAGGGAAACUCAAACCCCUUUCUACACAGGCUGGGAUUUGUUGCAAUGCUGUGUUUCUCUAUGGUAUUGCACUUGUCCCGGCCUGUUGAGUUUGGUGGGGAUUGUGACCAGAAGAUGUGAAAAUUAAUAUUGCUGAAGAUGCCGCUUUCCACUGUAAAAAAUGUUUGCUAUGGAGUGUAUGAACUCUUUGUAACUUUUAUUGCUUUCACUAGUAUAAAACGUAAGUUUCUUUGUUGGAAUUGGGUUUGUUUCUUACUGAAUCAAUUUACUUUGGGGUUUGCACGUCAGACGUAGCGUUUUGGGGGUGGCGCUUAGAGACCCACAGGUAUUCUAGUUGGUAAAGUUAGAAUGGUGCCCUUAGCUCACUUGGAACCCAGAGGAUUCCAGGGUUAUUUUACUCUAAGACCAUUGUUCAACUGUUGAAUUGACAUGAGUUAAGAGAACAUUAUUUUCUUUGAAUCCCUGUGUAGAGAGGGUUUUUGCACUUAGGAUGAGGUGUUUUCUGAUGACACUGUGCCUGGUGCAUGAGGUCUUGGUGGCAACAGUUAACGGCUUCUGCUGCUGUGUUGUGCACACGCAGUAAGAAGACCUUCAAACUGUUCUUACCAUGUGCUGCCUGAAAAGCGAGAGUGGGUUUAAGGGCAGGUGACAAGCUCCUCACUGUAAACGGAGGAGCUGCUGUGCACAUGUUCUUCCCUGCUGCUGCCCUUGAGUGGGGUGCACUGGGGUUAAUAUCAAAAUGCUCCAUGUUACAGGUCUAGAUCCUCCUGUCUAGAUGCCGACACCACAGUUGGUUCCAGGCUAUGUGAAUAGAUGGCCAUUGAAAGGAAACCUAAGGAAUAGUAAAAUGAAUAAAGAUGAGCUAUGAAAACAGAUCUAAGCUAAUAGUACGUAAUAAUUUGAACUUUUUGUAACCUUUGCAGUAAACCACCUAGAGUUAUGUUUUCCAUCUCUUUAUGUGCUGCUUUUUAAAAGAAAAGUAAAAAGCUUGUUAGUCUUGGAUCCUGAGUAGCAAGGUAAGGACUUCGCAGAUGGAGUUUACUGUAAGAUACAUGUUUAGGAUAAAGAGUGAUCAGAAUUGUACAAUCAAUAAAAUGGAAAUGUAAUCUGAUCAGAAUUGUACAGUUAUUCAUACUGGAAAUGUAAUCACUUUUACCUGAGUUUUUGAACCUUUUGAGUUGAAGGAAAGUUGUUUUAGAUGAUUAGUGAGACUUACUACUUUAAAAUGAGUUCUAUAAUGUCAGCAUGAUUCAUAUGCUCUAUAAAGGGGGAUCUGUCAGUUGUGCUCUUAAAACUUUUUGAAUAUUUUCAUCUUUCAAAGUACCUGCCAGAUACUUCCUAUAUACGCUAAGUUACAAGUAUUAAAGGUAAUAGGGUCUUUAUUAGUAUCAUUGGAUGCUGAGCCAGUGUCAUAGGAUUUAUGUUUUAGAAUGUUUUUAACUUGGAUUGAGAUUUAAGUCUAGUAAGUAACAUGAUAAAUAAAUGUUUCCUUGUGGCCCCACAGUGAGGUGGAAUUUUUUUUCCAAGAUUUUGUUUUAAUUCUCCCUUAAGUUUGCUUCUAUAAGGACAUCAAGCAGAUCCAUGUAAACUUUGGUUCAACAGCUAGGGAGACUAGUUGAUUGUCUUGUUUCUAAUUUAAAAACAGUUUUGGUCUCUUCCACUUGGAUCUUGUGGUGGCUUAGGUCUGUAGGCUUUUUCAGGAAAGGAGAUUUGCCGUGUUCUUGUAUGUUACAUGUAAAUAGUUCUAUUAAGAAGGAAGCACUAUUAAGAUUUUAAAGCUCCUUACAAACUGUUGAUUUUACUAAAAGCCCUUGAGAUGUUCAUUUUAACAGGCAAACCAAAGCACAAAAAACCAGCUGGAUUUUUCCCUGUGUAUGGUUUGAAGAGUCAGUCCUACACAAUUCCUGACACAAUGCAACCUGCAGCUGCCUGGAGAAAGAACAAUUCAAUGUCACUAAAAAUCUGUUGUAUGUAUAAUGAAAUUCUGUUCUGUAACUGAUAAUAUUAUGUAGUUUGUCUGGUUUUAGAGAAUUAGUAGGUGAAUCUCAAGCAUUGGAAAAAGUUCAGUGGACAAGGUCCAUUUUGGGUGUCUUAACUGGCAAGAAGAAGCAUGUCUCCUUACAGUUUUCCAGAUUAUUUUAUGUAGAGGUGACAGCUUUGCUCUCUGCUCAGUCAGAAUUAGUGUGCUUUUCUUUUUGGGUGAGUGAUUUAUAACCUACUGCUAGUUUGUGUAGGGUUUAUUUAUUCAGAAAAAUGCCCUGUGAAUUUUAAAGCAUGGGAAGAUUGUUGACAAGGAUUUCAAUGGGUUUUUCCCCAGGAAUCUGACAUGGGCAGAGCAUUUGGAGGUGCCUGCUUAGUGUGCUUACAAACUAAAAAGUGCUGUUCAUUUAAUGCUAAUAAAUACUUCAUUUUAAAACUUGAUGUACAUAAUGAGCAUGUGGAAAUAAAGUUAACUUGUAGCACUGGU